AGAGAGGGAGGGGAGCGUUGGGAGGGGGCCAUCAGAGGGGUCCAGGAGGGUGUGCAGGGACAAGGCUGACUGGUGUCCCCUGUCCUAGUGCCCCGACCCUCCCUGUCGCUGCACCCCAGCCAGGGGGUGUCCAUGGGUGACAAUGUCACCCUGCGGUGCCACCUGCCCCAGCCGGUUGCCUGGGUCUGGCUGUACCAGGAAGGAGGUUGGACAUACAGCAAGGGCAAGGACAAGCAGCAGGACUCAGCUGAGUUCUCCUUUGUCAGCACAAGUCGGGAACACGCAGGUACAUAUCGGUGCCAGUACCAGGAGCCUGAGUCAGCAAACAUAUCAGAGAAGAGUGACCCCGUGCAGCUGGUGGUGACAGAUCACAGCUUCCUACCACCCGGCAUCUCCCUUCGCCCUGAGGAACGUGUGGGGACAGGGACCAAUGUCACCAUCCGCUGCUGGAACAAGGGUUUUGGGGCCACCUUCCUCCUGCACAAGGAUGGGUGCUCAGCUCCUGUACAGCACCAGGACUCCAGUGGUGGGGGUGCAGCAA